AUGACUGAAGAAGAACGCGAAUGUAUACUUAUGUGGGACGAAAUGUCAAUAAAAACUUGGUUGCAAUACGAUCCCAAAAGAGAUUUGAUCGAAGGUUUUGCCGAUCUAGGCAUAUUCGGUGGUUCACCACGCCGUGGGAAUCAUGUGUUGGUAUUUUUAUUGAGGGGUAGACAAUUUGAUUGGAGGCAACCUAUUUGCUAUUACGUGUCACAUAAUGCUGUUGAUGGAAAAAUGUUGGGUAAAAUAAUCUUAGAUGUGAUCAAGUAUGUUGAAAAAGCGGAUUUUGUUCUUAAAUCAAUGAACGAAGCUCGCCAACAAAAUCACAAAGAAGUUAUUGAAGAAGACAGACGGAACAAAUUACCUGCAAAUUGGGAAGCCCGAAAACGCCGCGCAGAAUGGAUCACGAAUGAUGAACAGGCAAAGAAAAAUGCAGAAGAAAAAGGUCUCGAUUAUGAAAGAGUAAAAUUGUUAAGCAUUGAUGCUAUAUCAGCAGAAAAGAUGUUGAAAAAAAAAAAAAGGAUUGAUCCAAACGAUGGAUUUGCAGAUUUUGAGCAAGCUACGGUACGACAGUAUAAAAGCCUUGUGAAAAGUAUAAAACCUAACAUGGAAGCUUAUGAAGAGGCUAAAAAUACUCUUGGUUCUGCAUUUUAUGGAGAUAAGAAUACAAUAUUGCAUGGCCUGCACAGAGACAAAAAAGAAGCAGUUGACAAGAUGGUUGCUGAUUUGGAUAAACAGUAUUUAUUUUAA